AUGGCGGACAGGGAAAUCUAUUCAGCGACGUACAGCAAUGUUCCCGUCUAUGAGCUCAAGGUCGGUGGCGACCAUGUUAUGCGCCGCAGGUCCGACAACUGGGUCAACGCUACACAUAUUCUGAAGAUUGCUGGGUUUGACAAACCAGCGCGGACCAGGAUCCUCGAACGUGAGGUGCAGAAGGGUGUCCACGAGAAGAUUCAAGGCGGUUAUGGAAAAUACCAAGGCACAUGGGUCCCUCUGACCGAAGGUCGGUCGCUGGCUGAGAAGCAUGGUGUGCUGGAUCGCACUGCCCAAAUUUUCGACUUCGUCCCGGGUGAUCGAAGCCCACCUCCUGCUCCCAAGCAUACCACCGCUGUCUCAAACCGUCCCAAGCAACCGAAACAGCCUGCCGUUCCACGCAAAGUUCCGUCGCAGCAAAGUAAGUAUAGACACACUCCGUCAGAAAAUGCUCGCCAACUUUCCGUAGCCCAACAUUACCCACCUGUGGACGGCUACGAAAGCGCAAGUGUACAUUACAAUGGGACGGAAAGUCGAGAUCACUCUCCAGAGACUGCUUCAUUCAUGGCAGAAGACGACUUCCUUCCGCUUUCACAAAAUUCUACUGCUUCGAGAAAGCGAAAACGAGAUUUUGAAGAAAUUGCUCCCACUGCAUCAGACCUCGAACAUACCAUGUAUGGCGAUGAGCUGUUGGAUUAUUUUGUUACGGCUGGUGAUGACCCAGCUGCCUCCAAUAUCCUACCACCAGAACCCCCAACAAACUUCGAUGUUGACAGGCCGAUUGAUAAUCUGGGUAACAACGCGCUCCACUGGGCUUGCGCCAUGGGUGAUGUUGCGGUUGCACGGGACCUCCUCGCACGCGGCGCAAAUCCCGCUGCCCAAAAUAAGAGCUCACUUGAGACCCCCUUGAUCAGAGCUGUCUUGUUCACCAACAAUUACGACAAGAAGACUUUCCCAAAGAUCGUCCAGGCUUUGGCUGGAACGAUUGUGGAGCGGGACGCUUAUGGAGCGACCGUCUUCCACCACAUCGCCGAGUCAGCGCGCUCCAGGGGAAAAUGGAGUUGUGCUCGGUACUAUUGCGAAGUCCUGAUCAACAAAAUGCACGAAAUGGGCUCAAACUACGUUCAAGCUCUCCUUACCUCCAUUGACCACAAUCACGACACCGCAGCAUUAUGCGCAAUCCGCAAUGGAUGUGUCAAAGUCGCAACAUUCCUCCUCAACCAUUGCCCUGAAGCUGGAGACAUACCAAACUUGAAGGGCGAGACUGCCAACGAGUAUCUUAGAGCUCUUCGAGAGAAAAAGGAAAGCCUUCAACAGCCAGGCUCAUCGCCCCCACGUGCUGGAGAGUCUUUUGCGGCUAAACAAUCGCGCCGUAAGCGACAAAAGGAAGCUCUGUCCCGCGCUGCCUCUUUGGUGCUCGAUAAGAUCGUCCCUCUCAUGGACGCGGGCAGCUACAAAAUAGCCGACAUGUACGAUUUGCAGAUAUCGGAGCGGGACACGGAAAUUGCAGAAGCCAAACACGCACUGACCGAGCUCGAGAAUCAGCGACACAAGAUUCGACAAGAGACCUUUUCGCUGAUGGCCAAGGUCGAGGACGUAUCCAAGAUUCCCACAUUGAGACAGGAAUAUGACGAAUGUUUGCGCGAGGUGGAAUCUCUCCUUGAACAAAAAGAACAUGCGGCCCUGCAGAAUGAGGUGUUCCAACAAGACCAGCAGACGAGUCCCGAGGCCUUCCGUUUCCCCAACACAUCAGCACUGUCCCCUGAUGAAAUACGUGCGGUGGUGCCAUGGGCAGUUGAGCUCAACAAUCAGCAAAAUCUUCGUCGACAGUGGGUCAAAGAUAUUGCCAAACUAAUGAGUGAGGCGGGUGCAGGCGAGAAGGUUGGCAAACACAGAAAACUUGUGGCGAUUGCUACCGGGCUAAAGGAGGAUGAGCUGGACGACAUGUCGGUCGAGUUAUUGGAAAGUCUGCAGGGAAACCAGGCUGGCAAUCCCCCGCAAACACCCCCUCAUGCUCCGGCUGAGGUUCAAGCUUGA